UGAUUGGCUACAGGCUCCACCCCUCCUCUCCGGACCAAUCACAAACGCUCUCAAGCAAAGAGCUUUAUUUGAGUUUACCUGCACACGGAAAGCGUGAUACAGGAAAGAGGUCACGUGGAGAAGUUUGCUGCAGUGUGUUGGUUCAUCUGUCAGCAGAAUCCAGCGUGGAAAACACAGGAAUACUGUCAAUGUCUCUGCUGGAGGACAUCGUUGAUCUCCUGAGAUGUGUCCUGGAAUACUUUGGAGUGCCACCUGACAUGUUGAUUCCAGUAUGGGAGAGUACACAGUGUGGACAGUACCGCAGUAUAGUCCGUAUGAUUGGAACAAACCUUCCUCUCUGUCCUCACCCACGGCUGCGAUUUCAGAUUCCUCUGCAGACAUUCAAUAGACAAGGGCAUAUUGAUGUGUCAGUGGAUACGCCAGCCAUUCCUACAUUGGCGGAUGUACUUUGGCUGGUGGAGGAUGAAGGAGACAGCCACACUAAAUUCAGAACUGCCAUCCCGCUGAGGAAACACUGUGUACAGCAAGGUUUUGAGAUUCCUUCAUUGGGGUGUGAACGUUCAUUGUCCGUGUCUGUACCGGCUCAGAAGAGAGGCAGGGUGCUGGAGCCGGGAACCCAGCCAGAGGCCCUGCAGAAGAUCUCAGCUCUGGAAGAGGAACUGCAGAGACUACGAGCACAGAUCGCUAUGAUAGUCACAGCUCCAGCAGGCCGUGCCGUUCUUCCAGCUGAUCCUGGCACUCCAUGCUCUACUCUACCAAUUCCUGUCCUUACUUCCACUCCUGUCUGUCCUCCUCCACCACCUCCACCCCCACUUCCUCCUCCGGCUAUGGCCAGCUGCACAGAGGUGUCCGUUUCGGAAGUGAUUCGACAAAGACAGGCAGCAAAAAGGGAAAAGCUUGCGCCGUGUGAUCCGUCUCCAGGUACAGCGCCUGCUGCCCUGCCGUCCAUGUUAGAGGUGCUGAGAGAUCUGAAUCAGGUCAAACUGCGUUCUGUCGAGAGAUCUCCAGGUGGAACUCCAGUAAGGAGACGGAAGAGUAAAGGCGUAGCAUGUUCAUCUGACCCUGCAGCUCUCAUCGCCGAAGCACUGAAAAAGAAGUUUGCACACAGACAGAGAGACGAUUCGUUUGGUAAAGAGAACCGCUCAGCUGAACCCUCUCCUUUCAGCAGUCCAGACACUCCCAGGAUUCUCCAUCACACCAGACGCAGCCAGGGACGCAUUCACCUUUGACCCUUGACCUUAAAGUCUUCCAGAAUCAAAAUCGUCAUGGACUUAUGUGACGGACAGAUUUCUUUUCAAUGUUGGUCUCGUUUUCCUUUUCCACUUUCUCUCUGAAUUUAUCACAUGGGCCUCCAUCUGAAAACACUGUGCAUGUUUUUGAGAUUUUUUUUGUGUGGGCAUUGUAAUUUUUGUACAUGCUGAUUUUUAUUUGUAAAUAUUAUAUACAGAGGACUUAUUAAUUGUGAAUGAUUAAUACAAGUAUUGAUACAGGAUGGCAGUAAUUAUGUCAUAAGAUGCUACAACUUUAAGCCACAAAUGUGGAUCUAUGCAGUGCCUCUUUUUAUACUGAUUUUUUUUUUUUUUUUUUCAUUUAAAACAUAGUUGGACUAACAAAAGUUCUCUGAACAACUUAUCAGUAAUAUUUUAAGUUUGGUACCAAUUUUUGCUAAUGAUUCGUUCAUCCAUGUUUCUGCUGUAUUUUCAUCCUCUCCUACAAACUGUUAAUGCAAUAUCACUAUCAGAAGCAAUAAACAAGUUAGAAGCCUUUCAAA